AUGGAUCCAGGAGUGAUCGCAACACAAGCUCUACGCACUACCAGCAAUAGGACUGGAAAAUUGAGGAAAAUUUCAUACGUUAACAGCCCUAUAGGAUCAGAUAAGAUUGAUGCUCCAAAGAAAGGACAGCCGAUUCUGUGUAAUGAAAUGCGGGACCACAUCUCCAUUCUGCCGUCCAAGACUAACGCUGGCCGUGCAUUUGUGCGCGGUAUGGAAUACCUACUGCCAAAUGUGCCAGAUGGCGCCAACAUCCGUCCGCAGAGAGUGCUUUUGAGCAUUGCAGACGGCCCCAAGUCAUCAUGGGAUAGAGACAGAUCCAUACAUCUACCACAGGCUGCCACCCUGUGCAACAUAGGAGACGAGUAUGUCAAGCCAGAAGUACGUACGCGUGUACCGCGGCCGGUGUCUGUUCGGGUGCUGAGCAGGUACACACUAGGGGCAGAGAAGCAGUCUGCGGCACAACAAAAGAGCGGCUGCUCCCUUAUCAGUUCCUUUUUGGCACAAAGAUCUGCUGAUGGUCGGGGAACUAGUCGUCUUGAGCGUAGGACAUCAUAUGAGAGGGCACGGUCUCACGGCGGUUCCCUUUUCCCAGGAUCUGCUACCUUUCACCUCACUGAUGGUGGAACGCUAGAUUCUCAAAGUUCACAAGUAUGUGAUGACUCAAUAGAUCUCACCAUAUACAGAGACCCCUGCUCCAUCGCUCGGGAAGUUGCAUGUACAAAGAAUACCCAGGUCGUUACCCACACUGAUGCUGAAACCGCUGGUGAGCUUCAGCGGCUGCAUGAUUCGUGCGCUAGGACAUCUGUUUCUUCGAGCAAUCCAUCAUCCACUACUGAGAUGCAGCGGGAGUACCGCAGGCCUCCGAUUAUAUCUUUCUGUGCGCCAGGUGCACGGUCCGUUGCAGGUCAGAAAAAGGAGACUCAUGCAGGGCCAAUCCAGUCUAUACCAACUGUGGAGCCCAUGAUUGUAGAGCUUUCCCACAGUCCGCCGCCAACCUUCACCAAACCAGCUAUCUCUACCGUAACACCAGUGGGUCCCAGCGUUGUUUCUACAAAGGAAGGGAGCUCGGGGCUCCAGAUGAGUGCUCUGGCGAGUAACUCACUAGGCAAAACAUCGGCAUCAAUUCAGAAGCACACCACAAGCAGUAAGCCACCGCGGGGCCAGCAGGACCCUGCUAUACUACCAGCCUCGUGCCCAGAGGGUUCGGGACAUGUUUACAUCACCAGAAGCAACACAUCCAGCACACUGGCAGAAAGCUCUGUGCACAGCUAUGACCAAGAACACGCUUUGCCAGAUCACUCCUCAGACACAUCGGACAUAGCACCUGAGAGCCUUCUCCCUGGGGCUUCCAUCAGACCUAACCAGCUCAGAGCAAGGACAGCCGCCGGGCCCGCUUCACUAGAGGUGAUGCAGCUUCAAUAUCGCGAACUAGAUAACCUCGAGGCGUCCUUCAGUAGGUAUGCAGCUUCGUUUUCGUGCAUUCAAAAUACACCAGAAGGGGAGCUAAACCCGAAUUCACUAACAGCCCCAGGAGUUGCUCUUCCGUCCAUGCACCCCAACGAUCCAUCCCCGAGCUUCUUUGCCACCUCGACCGCUCCUCACAGCUUCAAGGCACGUGCGUACUCUGCACAAUCGGCUGCGGCGGCUCCAAGGCGGCGGUUCAAUAUCAUUAACGACUCAGCCAUACCGGAGCAGCACAUCGUCCGUCCAUCUUCCCGGAAGCAAGUCACGAAGGCACAGAAUGUAGUCCUCGGCCCAAACCAGCAGCGCGGUGAGAGCGCGUCGAGGAACCGGUGGAAGGCCAGCCUCCACUAG